GUAGGGAAUUAGGUAGUGGGACUAUAUAAACAGGCCUUUGUUCUCUUCUGGUGAUGUACUUGCAAGUUACAGCCAUGGCUAAUAGUAACUUGAAGCAUGCAGUGAUAGCAUUCCUAGCUCCCAUUCCGUCCAUUCUCUUCUACCUUUCAUUUGUCAACAACCACAGUCACCAACCCAGUAGUACUGGAAGUCUGUCUUCUCUUUGGGCAUGGUGCUCUCUGCACCCUCUUCUAUUAGCCAAUGCUCUCUUCUUUCUCAAUGUCAAUGUCCUUUUCUGGGUCAGCAGUCAAGUCCUAUCUAAUCACUGGAUGAUCUCUUUGUAUUGGACAGUGAUACCAGUAAUGCUAGUUCACUACUAUAGGGCUCACCCUCUGGCUGAUUAUGAUCGGUGGCGCUCCAUUAUUGCAAUUUCGAUGACAUGGGUUUGGAGCCUCAGGAUUGUUCACAACUAUUUUAGGAGAGAAAAUUGGCACUGGAAUGCCAGGGAGGAUUGGCGAUUCACCAAUAUGACCUCACAGUAUGGCAAGCACUGGUGGUGGGCUUCCUUCUUUGCCAUAUACCUCUCUCAGCAGGUUGUUCUAAUUGGACUAUGCCUUCCGAUGUAUGUAAUCCACUCAGUUAAUGUGCCACUGAACAUAUGGGAUUUUGUUGCCAUCAUGGUCUCCAGUUUUGGUGUUGCUAUUGCAUACUCUGCUGACACACAACUCUAUAAAUUUGCGAGUAAAAAUAAGAAGCUAAAAGAACUCGGAGAGCCAGUUGUACUUAUUCUUGAUGAGGGAUUGUGGCGUUAUUCACGGCACCCCAAUUACUUUGGAGAGCAAUUGUGGUGGUGGGGACUCGCUAUAUUUGCAAGGAACCUCGGACAUGGAUGGACCUCUGUCGGGGCUUUUCUCAAUACGAUGUGUUUAGCUUAUGUGACAAAGCUUGUGGAACAGCGAAUGCUAAAACCAGACUACAGAGCAGAAGCGUACAUGAAGUACCAGAAGACAACCUCAGUGUGGAUCCCUUGGUUCAAGUCAUCCCCAGUUGGAGGAAAAGAUAAGAAACCGUAGUUUCAUAUCUAUUUCACUGUCUGUCUUUGUAGUGUUUAGCUGCACUAAGUGCAUCUCUUUUCUUCUGUUGUAAUACUCUAUGGCCUGCUGUUGUGGUAUUGUUUUCAACUGUUCUGUAAUGAGAAGAAAUUAAUGCAAGUUGGAUUUUACUUA